CGUGGUUACUCGUUCGUGUAUGAUCUUUUAUUCUCGUGCUCACAGUUUUUUAGCUUAGUUAAAUAAUUUUAUCGAAUUAAAAAUGGUUUUUUUGAGUCGUACUCAGACCGUUUGUCUUGCUUAUAUAUUGCAUAAAAAAAAACAGGAAAAACGAAAAAAUAGGCGUUUUUGGGUUCAUCCUCUAAACUUGAAAAGGCCUCGGGGAGGCCAAUUUCAAGUUACGUUUAUGACUUUAAGAUUCCAUCCAGACGAGUUCUUAAAGUACUACCGUAUGUCAAUUUCAUCAUUUGAUGAACUGUUAUUACGAGUAAAGCAUAGAUUACAAAAAAAAAAUACAAUUCUUGGAGAUUCAAUACCACCUGAAGAAAGAUUGUCAGUGACAUUAAGAUACUUGGCUACUGGGACAAAUUUUUCGUCUUUACAUUUCGACUUUUUGAUGGGAGUAUUGACCAUAGCCAAAGUAGUUAAUGAAACGUGUAUGGUGGUUUGGGAUGAGUUACAACCCACUGAAAUGGCACCACCCACUCAAGAAAAUUGGUUGGAAAUAGCGGAUGGUUUCUACAAUAUAACUCAAUUUCCUAAUUGCGUUGGAGCUGUCGAUGGUAAACACAUCCGGUUGCAAUGUCCAAAAAACAGUGGUACUCAGUAUUACUUUGGAUGA